CUCCUCCAAGGCCACCGUUUGCCGAGGUCGGUGUCUUCCUUUCUUUGCUAUCAUUCUACACCUGCACACUACUGCACGCAGCCCUCUAACAAGAGUGGAGCCCAGCCUCAGCACUCGCAUGACCCUGAACUGGAAGAGGUUCUGAUCCCCAGGAAGCUUUCCAUCAGCCCUUUAGAGAGCUGGCUGACGGUGAGAUACUUCCUUCCGAAAGCAGAAGGCCUUCAUGCUCAGGAGGACGCCGGGCAGGAGCCCCUCCAGCACUAUGACUGCCCCCCAUCUGAUGAGGGAGGUGCUGUGGAGGAAGGAGAAGGAACACCCAACAACAAGGUGCAGUGUAAGAACGUCUUGAAGAUUCGCAGGAGGAAAAUGAAUCGGCACAAGUUCAAAAAGCUGCUGAAGAGAAGGAAGUUCAUUCGGAGGCGGAUAAAGGAAGGUCGCAAGAAGAAGCGUCAGAUAAAGUUUGAGAAAGAUUUGGAGCGCAUCUGGAAACGAGCUGGCUUGAAAAACGCUCCUGCAGGAUGGCAGACACCCAAGAUAUUCCUGAAAAGCUCAAAGCAAUAA